GGCUGUGGCUUCCUGUUUGGCGACCCGUCGCCAGAAGCGAAGGUCUCGCACAUUUCAAUUGAAAAUCGCCUUAAAACCCGACAUUGUUACCCGUUUUCCAACACCGGAGAGCGGCUAACGCCUUGUGGGGCGCAACAGUUCCCACUGCAAAGGAAUAGGACACGUCUCUGUCGGGGUUAAGGCCCCGCUGUUUGGGCGGUUUUCUUCUUCCUCGGGUCUUGUUUAUUGAGACAUUGGGAUCGUGUCUCUACUUUUUUUCUCGGUUUGUUUUGUUGUCAAGAUGUCGCCGUGAUGGAGUGUCCGCGUCUGUCAGAUAUGAACAAGGGCCUUCGUCGCCUGACCCGCGCUCGCAACGACCCGUUGAUCGCUUCUUUUGCCCCGUUUGAUGCUCGAGAGCUCGGACGCCCUGUCCGCGGAGCUCGGCCCCAGUCCCUCAGCACACCGCAGCCGCACCAGCAUGGAGAAGAACCCGCCGCGUUCCGGCUCGGCAGGCCCGGCCCCGGGGGAGUCUAAGACCAAGACCGAUGCUAAGAGUAAUGGAGGCUCCAAGCGCUACAACCGUAAGCGGGAGCCCUCCUUCCCCAAGGCGGAGGGUUUCCCAGGCCCCCGUCGCACCCACCCACAGAAAGGCAAAAGUUUCGACAAGAGACCCCCCCAGAGAGGCGUCGGAGGAGGCCGACAGGGUGGGCUCAUGGGCGGUGGGAGAAGAGAAGAGGUAGUAGAGACACGCCGGGCCGAAUUUAGCCCGGCUCAGUUUUCUGGACCCAAAAAGAUAAGUCUGAACCACUUGCUCAAUUUUACCUUUGAGCCACGCGGAGGCCAUUUUGGCUCUGGAGGCGACGGCCAUUCCUGCUGGGGUCGCCGCAACAAGUGGGGCCAUAAGCACAAGCCCUUCAACAAGGAGCUUUUCCUGCAGGCCAACUGCCAGUUUGUGGUGAUUAAUGACCAGAACUACCAGGCUCACUUCACUGACCCAGACACGCUGGUCAGCUGGGACUGUGUGCAGCAAGUGCGCAUCUACAGCCACGAGGUGCCAUCCUGCCCCAUCUGUCUGUAUCCUCCGGUGGCGGCGCACAUCACCCGCUGUGGCCACAUCUACUGCUGGUCCUGCAUGCUCCACUACCUGUCCCUGAGUGAGAAGACCUGGUCCAAGUGUCCCAUCUGCUAUGAGGCCGUCCACGACGUGGAUCUCAAGAGUGUCGUCGCCAUGGAGACGCGUCAGUACGUGUCUGGCGACCUCAUCACUAUGCGUCUGAUGCGUAGGGAGAAAGGCGUGCUGGUGGCACUGCCAAGCUCCCAGUGGAUCAAGGUGGAGGAGCCCAUCCGCUUUGGAGAUGUGCGCCUGAGUGCGUACUCCAAGCUGCUGUUGGCGUCUCAGGAGCAGGUUCUGGGUUUGCUCGCUGAGGAGAGAGCAGCACUGCAGCUCCAGCUCAGACAGGAACAGGAUGGCCCUCAGGCCUGCUUCAUACAGGGAGCCCUGUUACAGUUACAGGUACACACACUCAGACAGGAACAGGAUGACCCUCAGGCCUGCUUCAUACAGGGAGCCCUGUUACAGUUACAGGAGAGGGAGCAGAGCCUGCUGAAUCGGAGCAGUCCGGAUGGAGGUGCUGUGGAAGGUACUGACAUGGAGAGACUCUCCCUGGCUGACUGCACAUCUGCUGAGGUGGCCGUCAACAACCUGAGCAGCUCCAAGCCUGUCCUGCAGUAUGUUUCCGCAUUCGAUGACGAAGUACAGCAGCUCCCUGACAAGCUGCCGGAGAAGGGGGCACCAGGUGCAGCGGAGGUGGCUGAGCAGGUCUCUGAAAGACCUGGAGAAGAGAGCCCACCCCCCGAGCUGUGUGAAACUGGACCAUCUCAGACCUCGCAGCAUGGCCCAUUCUAUUACUUCUACCAAGCGGAGGACGGCCAGCAGAUGUUCCUGCACCCUGUGAACGUGCGCUGUCUGCUCCGACAGUACGGCAGCCUGGAGAACAGCCCAGAAUCCAUCACUGCUGCUGUGGUGGAGAUCGAGGGCCACACAGUCAACGAGGAUGUUCGCCGUCGACACCGCUACCUGUCGCACCUGCCUCUCACCUGCGAGUUCAGCAUCUGUGAGCUCGACCUGCAGCCUCCUGUCCUCUCUAAAGAGACCCUGGACAGCUUCUCGGACGACCUGGAGAAGAGGAAGCGCCUGAGGCAGAAGAAAGUGAGGGAUGAGAAGAGAAGGGAGAGGAGAAUUGAGAUGGAGGAGAACAGGAAGCAGGGGAAGUACCCGGAGGUGCACAUCGGCCUAGAGAACCUGCAGCAGUUCCCAGCGUUCGGCUCUCCUCCUCAGCACAGCCCACCUGCACAGUCCCCUGAGUUCCUGCCUGUGCUCAGCUGUAGCCCUGCCUCUGAUGGAUUGAUGUUCCCCAGUCUGAGCGGACAGAGUCCCUGCGUGAGCGUGGUCAACGUGGAGGAAGACUCCCACUGCGUGUCCUUCGCCCAGAUGCUGAAAGGUGGAAAAGCUCGUGUGGAUUCUGAGCCCAAACCUGCCCCAAAGAAAAAUGCGUUCCUGGCUCCUCCGGUGGCUGACAGCGAUGGGGAGAGUGAUGGCUCAGACCGGGUGCCAGUGCCAAACUUCCAGAACUCCUUCAGCCAGGCGUUUGAGGCGGCACUGCUGCGUCUGGACCACACACCUUCUGCCCCAGCAGAAGCUCUGCCCACAUCUGAGGACAAAGGAGGGAAGAAGAAGAAGAAGAAACAGAAGCUUCUGUUCAGCACUUCCAUGGUUCACACAAAGUAAACAGGACUGCGGAUCUCCGGCCCGUUCACGCUCACUUGCUCUCUCACGCGCCCUCAUCCUCCUCUCCCAGUUUACACCCUUCCGUGUUAGUUUAGCCAUGAGUAGACCCUGAAUGGAGAUUUAGUGAUUAAUCAACCGUGACUGACCUGAGUGAUUUAGCACCUGUGGUCGGGUGCAUGCCCCGGUAUUACUGAUGUAGUCUAGCUGCUGGCUCUAUAUGCUGGGUAACGCAACCCUCUGGUGUUAGCUGAAGUACAUGACCAACACACCCCGCCACUACACGCACAUCCUGAAACAUAAACGCAUAGCUGCCUUUUCAUUGCGUUCAGUCAUUUAGUCACAAUUGCACCAGUGUAGUUAAGUAGACGAAGGAUGUAGAUUGCAGCAAAUGACUUGCAGUGUGCCGCUGAAGACCACACACACCCGCGUGAUUCACAGUAAAAGAGAAGUGUUGGUGCUUUUGGUUGUGGUGUACAGUGAUGCAGUUUUGGGGGAGGAUCACAGGAAAGCAGCCGACCAGCUGCCUAGAGCGCCUAUACCCCCUACUUCAGUGUCUCUGUGCACCUUCCAAAUGUCUGCAGGUCACUGGUCCGAAAUCAGAAGAUGAAAGUGGUCAGAAAUGGCGUGGAGAUGUGUUCAUUGGCUUUCUGCAGUUUGGUGUGGUGCUGGAACUGGUGCAGUUCUCUCCACAUCCUUUCUCCACCCUCUUAAGAGUGAACCACUGAAACUCCGCGUGGCACUUUGUGUCCCCCACACGUACACCAGCUGUAAUCAGCAUAAAGCACUGUUGGUGCUCCAGGAAAUUUGCAUACGAUCUGUUAGUUUGACGUUUAAUUUUGGUUCCUUAGAGGAUUUCACCAGUUGUUCUCACGGUAGAUGCAUCACCUGUGUACAGGCCUGGCUGGGAUUGGGUUCAGUGCCCUAUCACAAUGGUGCUGAUGGCAGAGGGGUGGAGCUUCAGGAUACCCCACCCCCUGUUUUCGUUGUACUCAAUAAAGAGGGACAUGUGGACAGGAAGGCUGUCUAAGAUGUUUUCAUUCAGAGGUUAAUUUCUGUUUUUGUUUUUGUUUGAUCUGCUUGGAGAGAACCUGCGAUGAAAAACAAGUGUACUGAAUAAAGCGUUAUUACAUUA